AUGCGGCGCUCAUCAAGUAGAAACCUAUCAACCAUAAUCCAAUGUUGUGCGCUAACCGAUGCUGCCGAGCUACAGGAUAAGGAGAAUUUUUACAGUGAACUAGAUGCCGUCGUGGAUAAAACUCCAAAGGGUGAUAACAAGAUCUACACCGGCGACUUCAAUGCGAAGAUCGGCUCCGAUAACAUAGACUAUGAGCGUGUCAUGGGGCACCAUGGUCUUGGAGAUAUGAGCGACAACGGUGAGCUGUUUGCAGAGUUCUGUGGCAAUAACGACAUGGUGAUCGGAGGUUCGCUCUUCUCCCAUCGCCCAGCGCAUAAAGUCACGUGGGUUUCCCGCGAUGGGCAUACAGAAAAUCAAAUCGAACACAUCUGCAUCAGCCGGAAAUGGAGACGGAGCCUUCUUGAUGUCCGGAAUAAACGCAGUGCCGACAUCGCGUCUGACCACCACCUUCUCAUCGGAGAGAUUCGCCUACGUAUUGCGCGGGUCAUGCGACAGGAGGAGAGACUGGGUCGACGAUUCGACACAUGCCGAUUAGAAGACCCAGCAGUUAAGAGGUCAUUAGUGGAAGAACUGGAGACCAGAGCUGCGGGUAUUCCUGAAGGUGGCAGCGUAGAGGAACAGCGGACGGCGUUCAAGAAUGCCUUUACAGAGACCUGCCAAAACAACCUGGGUGAACUGUGCGCCCGGAGGAAGGAGUGGAUCACGGAUGAUACCUGGCGGAAAAUCGAAACGAAGAGACGUAAAAGUCGCGAUAGAGCGAGCGAGAACCAGAGAAGUGGAGCGCCAAGCCCACCAACAGUAUUCGGCCCUCUGAAAGGAAGUAAAACGCUCGUGCAGGCGGGAUAA